AUGUCCGCUACGUCCCCUGGUUUCCUACCUUCGUUCUCUGUCCCAGAAAUCGACCCUCCUGUCAAGAACGCGACUUGUUGCUCCACAAGCUGGGGCUUUACCUAUGCAGAUCAAAUACUAGGGGAUUUUAUGGCCAGUAUACCCAAUGUCUUCCACACAAUCAACUUCAACACUACCCCCGACUGGAAGUGGGGGACCGACACCCCAUACACCUACCCCGAAGACGUGAACACGAUCGACUAG